AUGCUGCCCGCAGUUCGAAGCCGAACACUGCUGACGGCGGCUCCGCGUCUUGGCACCGGCGCCUUCCCUCUCAGCCGCCGCACGUUCGCCCAAGUCUCGGAUGCCGCCUCUGUCCCCGCCUCCUCCCCGUCCUCCUCGGUCGAGCCAUACCUCCUCGAGGAGCUGCCCGCCGUGGUCAACAACGACAAAGCCGCUAUCGCUAAGCUGCCUCCCUUCGUCAUUUCGCGCGAACGCGGCUUCCUCCCGCGCGAGGACCCGCUGCACCGCAUGCCGGCUGCGUUUGCCAACCUCUCGUCGCUGCUCGACAGGAUGACGAUUCACCAGCCCGCCGACGCACACGGCCACCGCGCUACGGGCUUGCUAGGCAAGGGCGAGUUUGGCGAUGCGGUGCUCGACGAGCUGGACGCCGACGGACCGGAGGCGAAGGCGGUCGAUGCGGCGAUUGCCUCUGGCGAUUCGCAUUUGCUGGCGGCACUGUUCCGAGACUACUGCUUUGCGACGUCGGCGUAUCUGCUCGAGCCCGUCGACCUGGCUUUCCGCCAGACGGGGCUCUACGCUCAGGGCCGCACGAGCCUCCCGCGCCAGCUCGCCGUGCCGCUCAAGAAACUCGCAGACGCCCUCGGUCACUUCCCCUACAUGGAGUACGCCUCAUCGUACGCGCUCGUCAACUACCGCUGCAAGGACCCCAACUAUGCCGGAAAUGCGGGCAAGUACUCGUUCGACAACAUGGAGCUCAUCCGCUCGUUCGAGGACGCGUCCGGUUCCGAACGCGGGUUUAUCUUGGUGCACGUCGAGAUGGUCAGCUACACGGGCAAGUUGGUGUCUGCGACCGAGGACGCACUGCGUGCGUGUGCGGCCAAGGACGUCGCUGCGUUCGAAGAUGCGUUUGAACGAUUGCUGGUCACGUACCGCAAGAUCAACGAGUCGAUGGAGACCAUGUGGAGCCGCUCCCUGCCUGCCGAUUACCUCAAGUACCGCAGCUUCAUCUUUGGCACGGGCCCCAAGAAGAUGAACGCCAUGUUCCCAGAGGGAGUCGUGUACGAGGGUGUGUCCGACGAGCCCCAGUUCUACCGCGGCGAGUCGGGCGCCAACGACUCGAUCGUCCCCACGGGCGACAACCUCCUCGAGAUUACCGCUCACAUGCCCAACAAUGACCUCACCAAGACCCUGCGCGACUUCCGCUCGUACCGCCCGCGCAACCAGCGCGAGUUCCUCCAGCACCUCGAAGCCCGCGCUACUCUCGCUGGCGUGCGUGGGUUCGCCAUGUCCACCAGCCCGCGCGCAAAGGCGCUGUACCUGCUCCUCGUCGACCAGAUCCGCGAAUUCAGAAACCGCCACUGGAUGUUCACCAAGAGCUACAUCAUCCAGCGCAGCACGUACGACAUCGCCACCGGCGGCAGCCCCAUCCUCCAGUACCUCCCCAACAAUCUCAGCGUCGUCCUCAAGGUGCUCGAGGAGAGCUUCGACGAAUUCACCGCCGCCGACAGGUCCGCUUUGGGCAACAGCGCCUCUGGCAAAAAGCAGAGGAUCUCGGAUGCCGAGCUGCUGCGCAACGUCGAGGAGGCCGGCAAGAGGGCCGGCGCCCAAAGGAGGCUGUUGGAGCGAGAGGUCGCCGAGCUGAUCAGAGAGAAGGAGGAGAGGAUCCAGAGGCUGGGUGGCGAUGUCGAGAAGGGCAGAGGAAUGUUGGGUGAACCCAAGGAAAUGAAGAGGGGUGCGGUUGGCUGCGACGGUGUCGGUUGA